GGCAGCCGGAAGGAAGUUUGCGUCUUUCCGCGGGAGUUUGGAUCCAGUGUUCGGAUACUCACUACUCACCAGCUGAGCUGUUACACUACAUGCGGUAGCUGAUCUAGACUGCAGGAUGAACUGCGAGGUCCUGGCCACGUGCAGCGCCCUGGGGUACCUGGAGGGGGAAACGUACCACAAAGAGGCAGACUGUCUGGAGAGCGUGAAGGACCUCAUCAGGUACCUGAGGCACGAGGACGACACAAGGGACAUCCGCCAGCAGCUGGGGGCGGGACAUAUCCUGCAGAAUGACCUGCUGCCAAUCAUCUCCCAGCAUGGCGGAGACAAACCCCUGUUUGACGCGUGCAUCAGGCUCAUGGUGAACCUCACACAGCCUGCGCUGCUCUGCUUCGGGAAGGUCCCAGACGACCCGGCCUUAAGACAUCACUUCCUUCAGGUCACCUCCUACCUGCAGGCCUACAAAGAGGCGUUCGCCAGUGAGAAGGUGUUCGGGGUUCUGAGUGAGACCUUGUACAACCUGCUACAGCUGGACUGGGAGCAGCGGCAGGAGGAGGACAACCUGCUGGUGGAGAGGAUCCUGCUGCUGGUCAGGAACGUCCUCCACGUCCCCGCCGACCCCUACGAGGAGAAGAACGUGGACGACGACGCCAGCGUCCAUGACAAGCUGCUGUGGGCCGUCCACAUGAGCGGCUUCGACGACCUCGUCAAGUUCCUGGCGUCGGCCCAGAGCGAGCAGCAGUGGUGCAUGCACGUGCUGGAGGUGGUCUCGCUGCUGUUCAGGGACCAGACGCCAGAGGCCCUGGUGAGCGCCGGCCACGCCCGCUCGGCCCAGGAGAAGAGCCGGGACCUGACGGAGCUGGAGGUGCUGCGGCAGAAGGAGCAGGCGGAGAAGCGCAGCCGUACGCUGCAGAGGGGAACCAGACACUCACGCUUCGGGGGCACCUACGUCGUCGCGGGCCUCAAAGCGGUCGGGAACGAAGACGUCGUCUACCACAGAGGCAUCCACAACUUCAAGAACUACAGCCACGACGCGGGCAAGGCGGUGCGGCGCGUCCCCAAGAGGCACCGGCGGGCGCGGGACAGCGAGGGCCAGCGCCGCUCCGCCCUCAACGUCCGGCUCUUCCUGCGGGAGUUCUGCGUGGACUUCCUGGAGAACUGCUACAACCACCUGAUGUACUUGGUGAAGGAGGGGCUGAUCCGGGAGCAGGCGCAGCAGCACGACGAGACCUACUUCCUGUGGGCCCUGAGCUUCUUCAUGGCCUUCAACCGCGGCAACGGUUUCCGCGCCGACCUGGUGUCGGAGACCAUGUCCAUCCGGGCCUUCCACUUCAUCGAGCGCAACGUCACCAACUACUACGAGAUGAUGCUGACGGACCGCAAGGAGGCCACGUCGUGGUCCCGAAGGAUGCACCUGGCGCUGAAGGCCUACCAGGAGCUGCUGCUGACGGUGAACGAGAUGGACCGUUCCCGUGACGACACCAUCCGACAGAGCUCCAACGUCAUCAAAAGUAACAUCUUCUACAUGAUGGAGUACCGGGAGCUCUUCCUCACGCUGCUCCGCAAGUACGACGAGACCAAGCAGCCGCAGUCGUUCCUCCGGGACCUGGUGGAGUCCACGCACCUCUUCCUGCGCAUGCUGGAGCGCUUCUGCAAGGGCCGCAACAACCUGAUGGUGCAGAAGAAGAAGGUGAGGAAGAGAAGGAACCGGCCCCAGAAGAAGUCUACCCCGGAGACGGACCCCGAGGUGUUGGAGGAAACCUGGAAGAUUGUGUCCGAGGAGCUGAGGGCUGCUGGCUUCCAGCUGUCUGCCGGGGUGACGGAGGCCGUGGUCCCCUUCGACGCCGCCUCGGAGGUCUCCCUGGAGGACCAGCGGAGCCAGACGGUGGUGCGCGUGCAGGACGCCCUGAUGGCCCGGCUGGGCCCCGAGGCGCUGGGCCUGCUGCGCGCUGCCAGGGAGGUGUGGCCGGAGGGGGACGUGUUCGGGCCGGCCGACGUGGAGCCGGAGGACGAGCUGGAGCUGCUGAAGCAGAUCCUCCACGCCACGCUGCCCCGGUCCGCCCCCCCGGAGGUCCCGGCUGAGGAAGACGAGGACGGGCCGGAGUACGAGGAAGAGGAGCUGGAGUCUGUCCAGGUGUCUGAGACGGACUUCAACUUCCUGGACUUCAUCAAGCGGUUCGCCCAGCCGGCCAUCGUGCGGCCCUACGUGCUGCUGCUGAAGACCUACUCCACCAACUCCCCGCACACCAACCACUGCAUCGCGCGCAUGCUGCACCGGCUGGCCGUGGACCUCAAGAUGGACGCGCUGCUCUACCAGCUGUCCGUGUUCAGCGCCUUCAACCGCAUCCUGAGCGACCCGGCCGCCGCGGCCUACAAGGAGCUCGGGACCUUCGCUAAGUUCGUGGUGAGCCGGUUCCUGGUGGUGGCGGCGCGGAACGACAAGGCCUUCGUCGAGCUGCUGUUCUGGAAGAACGUGGGGACGGUGCACGAGAUGACCGAGGGCUACGGCAAGGAGGGGGACGGCUCCAAGACGAAGGUGGCCUGGACGGAGGAGGAGGAGGAGGAGCUGCGGAGCCUGUUCAUGGAGCAGCGCGACUCAGAAGUGCCCGACCCGGUGGAGGCCCUGCUCCCGCUGCUGGGGACCACGCGCUCGCGGCGGCAGGUGGUGGUGCAGCUGGUGCACAUGGGCCUGGUGGAGAGCGCCAAGCAGCUCAAGAAGCACAAGGUCGGCACGGGGAUCGUCCUGUGGACGGAGCAGCAGGAGGACGAGCUGGAGAUGCUGUACGAGGAGUUCAAAGACUCAGACGACGUGCUGGGGAACAUGCUGAGGAAGACCACGGCCAAGCGGUCGCGGGCCCGCGUGGUGGACAAGCUGCUCAGCAUGGGGCUGGUGUCGGAGAGACGGCAGCUCUACAAGAAGCGCAGCGGCGGCGGCGGUGGCGGUCCCCGGAAGACCGCCGCCAAAGGAUCCGGUAAAAGCUCCGGUAAAAGCUCCGGGAACAGCAUGACUGAAGAGGACUUCCUGGCCGACUUAACGGGCGAGGUGGCUGAUGAAGAUCACGAGGAAGAGGAGGAAGGUUCUUCGGAGAGCGAUGAGGAGACGUUUGAGGAGCGGAGGGAGAGGGUCACCUCCUCUGAUGGAGGAGCGAGGAGGAGAACCCAGGAGCCCGGCGUGGGGAGGGGGCCGGACGUGGGCCCCAUGCUGCACUCGCUCAAACAAGAAGGUUUGGCUGGACCCUUGCUGUGGCUGCAGAACUGCCUGAACCGGACGGCCGACGACCGGGAGGAAGACAAUCUGUCCCAGCCCGUGCCUCUGGUCCCCCUCUCGGAGGACAACGAGGACGCGAUGGAGAAGAGGAGCUUCCAGAAGCUUCUCCGCAAGCUGGGCCUGCGCGCCCCGGCCAAUGAGCAGGAGACCUUCUGGAGGAUCCCGGAGAGGCUGAGCCCCGCCCAGCUCAGAGGGGCGGCCGCGGCCCUCGCCCCCGGAGAGGAGCUCCCCGCUGGGGGGCCGGAGCCCCAGGAGGGGGAGGGGGAGGGGGAGGAGGUGGGGGAGGUUGGGGAGGCGGGGGCCUCCUCACAUGAGCAGAGAUCAGAGGCCAUUCGGGCUCUGCUCCUCGCCCGCAAGAGGAACCCCCCCCCCAAGGAGACCGACGAUUCCCCCCCAGUGGAAGACAGAAGUGCAGAGACCCCAGUCACAGAGAGCCCGCAUGGAAGCCGCAGGUCCAAACAAGAGAAGCCGUCCGUUAAAAGAAGAAGAGUUCUGGACGAUGAAGAUGAGGAUGAAGAUGAAGACGAGGACAUGGCUUCCCCCGGCCCCUUGGUGAUGGACAGCGGGGGAGACUCCGACAGAGAGACGGUCGCCGCCCCGGCCAAGAGACGGAGACAGGCGGCCCUCAUCGACGAGGAUGAUGAGGAUGAGUAGAACUGGUGAAGAGAAGGUCCAACAUGAAGCCUGAGGACGGCUCAAACUCACCUGGUGGUUUUCCUGGGAAGACGAGUUGUACAUAACUGUUUUAAGGUCAUGUCAUCUCUGUUAAGUUAAAAAUGACAGUUAUGCUAGGUGUGUUUUUGUGUUGUUUUUGUUCAUGGCCGGCAUUGUUAAAAGUUAAACAGUUUGUCCAUCUGCAUACUUCCUAUAUACUCUUACACUUACCAUUAUGAUGAGGUAAUUACAGUUACAUGUCCUUGUUGCAUUGAUAUAUUUGUAUAGGAAAUUUUGUGUCUUCGUUUUGCCAAGUUAAUUUGAAAGCCCCAUAAAAGUGUAUUGAUUAAUAAAUUGUUACUGUUUUGAUAACAAA